UGGGCUCAUACGUAUACCUCUCAGUUUAGCAUUUUCUUCUUCGUCUUCCUUUUCCGUUGGAACAGUGUAGCAGUUAAUUCGGAGGAUCGUCUCUUCAAUUACGAAUCCACCAUUAACUAGGUGUAGUUCGUUGCUUCUGAAUUUGCAAUUGAAAUUGAAGGCAAAAAUUCGAUUGAGAUCGGAGAAUCAGGUUUUCCGAUCGUUUGGGAACAUGAUAACAAGGUCUAAACUGGUUGAGCAGCUCAGAGAUUAUCAGAUCCGAUCUCAACACAAGUGCCCUCCUCUUACUUUCUUUUCCCCAAAGCUUCAUCUCUCCAAUUGGGCUGAUGUUGCAGUUGCUGUGUUCUGCGCCUUGUUAUUUGGUGUGCUUAUAUUAUCAUCAUAUGUGGCCCUUUAUUUACAACAUUACUGGAGUUCCUUUCUCAUUAUAUGCCUUGCCAUUACCCUUCCAGUGCGUCUGAGAAUGUUACGGCAGGCUCAUGCAAGAAAGAAAGUAAGACAGUUACCUUUGUCUAUGUGAACUUCCUUCUACUUCUGCAAGCACCAAACAGCGGUUUAAGUGAAAGGAAUACCUCUUGCACAAAAGUGCUCUCUGAUUGUAGUAAUACAGUUCUUUGAUCUUCGUCACAUAAGCUGACCGAUCUUCUGCUGUGAAAGAUGGGGCACACCCUUCAUAUUACUUUUGAUGACCCAUUCAUUAAGAAACAUGAUUUAGACGAGCAAUUAUCUCCCUGUGAAAUGAACAACCAGAGUCCAGAGCUCAAGGUUUCAGCUAUUUUAAUAAUUCUUGCUUUGUUGUAAACUAAACUUGAUGGGUAAAAAGAUGCUCAGUUCUGGAUAAUUUCCAAGCAGAUGCGCUGAUUGUAGUAAACUUUGAAGCGUAUGUAGAGAUUAACACAUAGUAUCUGAAUGAUCUAAAUCAUCAGAUAAUAGUCGUUGAACGGUUGAAAUGACUUAGGUUCAGGAAUAUUAUACUGAACCGUGUAGAAAAGAUAGAGUUAUGUAAGAGAAAUAGUAUU